AUGCGGGAUGGAACUAAUAUCUACCAUGUAAAACCAAGUAACAUACACAACAUAGCCAUGCAUAUAAGAUGCUGCAAUGUGCUUCCAGGUUAUGGUGAUGACAAACAUCAAGAGAAAACCAUCAUACUUAUAGGACUGAUGGGUACUGGAAAAAGCACUCUGAUAGAUGCAAUGAUCAAUUAUAUAGCUGGAGUUUCAUUUUUUGAUGAUUAUCGCUUCAAACUUGUCCAUUUAACGGAAGAGGAGAAGACCAAACACGAAAGAUGGUCUACAAGUCAGACAAAUGGUAUAACAUGUUACCGAAUUCCAUGGAGAAGUGGUUCCAGAGUUGAUUAUAAGCUGUGCGUCAUUGAUACUCCAGGAUUCGGCAAUUAUAGUGUAGAAGACGAGACUAUAACUUCUAUGCUUAAAUGUCUUUUCGAAAAGGGAAUCGGAAAUAUUGAUGCUAUCUGUUUAGUUGUACCUUUAUCAUCUCAACCAGAUAAGGCUGGAAAAUUCUUACUGUUGAAUAUUUUUAAGCAUCUUUUUUCAAAAGAUAUCUAUGACAUUAUUUACCUCUUCCUGACCUGGGAUGACGGUGGUGAAAACAAUGUAUUCGAUGUCUUAAAAAAGUAUAUACCUAUAGAGCAAGAUAUGUGCUUCAGGUUUAAUAACUGUGAUGUUUUACGUACCAGUCAUUCUAACGAACAUUCUAUAAAAAUAUGGAGAACAAGAAACAGAAGCUUCUGUGGAUUUUUUAGAAAACUACUGACUACACCAAGCAUUUCGUUGUCAAACACAAAAGCAGUUCUUGAUUCUAAAUCACAAAUUGAAAGGGUACUGGAGAAAACGUAACGUAUUUACAGAUAUAAUAUAUAUCAAAGAUUAAAAAAGAUUAACUUGCAUACCAUAAAAAAAGUCAUAUAAAACAAUACAGUUUUCACAAGAUAUUGUCAAAAGCAUAUCACGAUUAUCUUUGUAUUACGAAUAAGCCGCAAUACAGAGACUCUUAUUGUUGAAUAUACACACGUCUAUUUACACAAAGUACUACCCAACUAAACCCAAACAGCCAUAAACGAUGUAGUAUAGUGUCGGACAUGUGGAGUUUUCUGUAGUUCCAAAUGUUGUAUAUGUCGGGGACAAUGCAGAACUAAAGACCAUAAAAUGGAAAAGUUAUCAUAUGAAACAAAAACAUAAAUCAGAAUCGCAACAAUGGAAGAUUUGAAGAAAAGUUACGGUUUUGCCAACCAAGAUGCUAAAGAUUGGAAAGAAAUGCUGAACAAAAUAGAGCCAGUUUUAAAAAAAAUCUAUGGAAGAAUUAUGUGGCAUUCUAAAGCUAGUUUUAGAAAAGAUUUACGAAAUUCAAAAACGCAUCAAUCAGACCAAAUUUCUAGAGGUCUGAGGAUUUCUUUGAUGAGGUUAAUGCUAGAUAAGAAAAGUCACCACUGUUGAUGACGAACGCGUAAAAAAAUUGAAAAAUAUAAUGAAGUUUGUGUUGUAUAACGUAUUAUUGACUGCUAUGUUGAAAUCUGUUUGAUAAACAUUUGCGUGAUUUAGAGUAGUAUUUGUAUAUGCUUGAUAUGUUGCAUUGUAUCUAUCAAAAUAAUAAUUCCACCUUAUGUAAUAAUGCUGUAUUUUGAUUGGAUGAGAGAAAUGCUAUUUUUCGCCAAUUUUCUAUAUAAUGAGAUUUUCUUUUCUCUGUCGGUGUAUUUGUCAUUACCUUAUCAACAUGAUUUAAGAGAGA